AGAUAAGGUUGAGGCCUACGUGACUCGCUUCAAAACUAAAAUCUAAACUCCCAGAAACCAUCGCCCACCACAUCCUUUUUUCCGAAAGCAACUCCCACCCCCCAACAUUUUCAGGUACCCUUCCUUCUCUUCUCUUCUCUUCUCGUCUCUUCUCCUCUCUUCUAUUUCCCACAAAACUCCGCGUCCCUCCGCCGCAUCGAAACCCAAAAGUCUCCUACUUUUUCCCCCUUUUUAUUCCCCCAAGAAAUCCUAACCAUGGAUUCCACCAGCUUCUGCAACCAGCAAUCGCCGUCGUCGGAUCGGCUGCUCGGCCUCUUCUCCUUCUCUCCGCCCUCAUCCGCCGCCGCCGGCGAGGAGCUCAACGAGGCCGAGGUCUUCUGGACCAACGACUUCACCGAGCCCACCGCCGACACCCCAAACCCCCGACUCAAUCUGACUCGUCGCGUCCACUCCGGAAUACUCGCGGUCCUCCCGGAACCGGGUCAAUCGGCACAAGUCUUGUACCGGAAGCCGACAAUUUCGUCAUCGUCGAAGCCCAUCCCUUCAAUUCCGAGACUUUCGCCGUCCCAAUUACAGUCCCAGUCGGUGCCUAAUUCGAGGAAGAUCCAGAGCUCGGCCCCGAUGAUGGUGCCGGUCCUGUCCCGGGCGGUGGAGAAGCACAGCAGAAACGAUGAUCUGGCGGAUGUGGUGGACGACGACGACGGGGGAGACGAUGAGAUGCUGCCGCCGCACGAGCUCGUGGCGAGGGGGUCGGGGGUUUCGAAUAGGACGACGUUCUCGGUGCUGGAAGGCGUGGGGAGGACGCUGAAAGGUAGGGAUUUGCGUCAGGUUAGGAAUGCGAUUUGGCGCAAGACUGGGUUUCUUGAUUGAUGAUCAACAAUUCUACAGAAAUCUCUAGUAUUUUUUGGUAAUUUCGAUUUUCUGCUUUUGGUUGAUCAAGAAUUGUGGUGCUUUUUUAAUGCCAAGAUUAAUUGGGGGAGUUUUUUUUUUUAUAUAAUACCCAAUUGUUAUCUUUGAUUCUGGGUAAUUAGGUCAAGUUCUAUAUUUUGAUUUUGCUAUUGCUUAUGUUUCUGGUAAUUCCAUAAGAUGAAAUCGGAUUACGGAUUAUGGAGAAUGACUUGUAUGAAACGGAUAAACGGAUUACGGAUUAUACUAGAAUGACUUAUAUGAAA